AUGUCUUUCAUAAAUUUCCCUUCAUGUCGUAUUCUGUUUCUAUCUUUUUAUCUAUCUAUCUAUCUAUCUAUCUAUCUAUCUAUAUGGCUGUCUGUUAUUAUCAAUCUGUUCAUGUCUAUCUAUCUAUCUGAAUCUGUUCAUAUCUAUCUAUCUAUCUAUCUAUCUAUCUAUCUGAAUCUGUUCAUAUCUAUCUAUCUAUCUAUCUAUCUAUCUAUCUAUCUAUCUGUUCACAUCUAUCUGUUCAUAUCUACUGUUCAUAUCUAUCUAUCCUUGUUUGCAUAUAUCUAUAUUAGUCUGUUCAUCUCUCUCUCUCUCUCUCUCUCUCUCUCUCUCUCUCUCUCUCUACUGUUUCUAUCUGAGACUGUUUCUCUCUCUUUUAUCUAUGUGUCUGUCUAUCUAUCUGAGUCUGUUCUUAUCUAUCUAUCUAUCUAUCUAUCUAUCUAUCUAUCUAUCUAUGCACAAAGAAAUAUGGUUUUUGUGUACAUGAAAUAUACAUGCUACCCCCUCAUCCUCACCCGACAACACAUUAUUUCUAUUACUUUUUCAUAA